UCAUUCCUUUAUCUCCGUUCCAUUUCCAUAGGUGUAAUUUGAUCAGUCAAGAAGAAGAAGAAGAAGAAGAAGAAGAAGUGGAAAUGCAUUUGUAUAACGCUUGGCUUCCUCCUCCCGUGGCGGAGGAAACUAAGAAAGAGAAGGAAUCGUUCGCCCUCGUGGUGACUUCGCUGCAAGAAUUGUACUUGCCGGAUGAUCCCGAAUCGGUCUACGCCACACUGAAAUGGGUCCCAAUCAUUGACCUCUUUCUGAGAGCAAAAAGUGAUGUUUCAUCAGAAGAUGUGUCUGCUCUUGUCAAAUUGGGUUUAGAAAUAUUUCUUAAAUCAGAUUGCAAACUUUAUGCCCAGGUUAGAUGGGGAAGCAUCCUUGUGAAGUUGUUGAAUAAACACAGGAAGAAGUUAUCACUGAAAAUUCAAUGGCGGUCUUUAUAUGAGACAUUAAUCAAUACUCAUUUUAGUAGGAAUACGGGUCCAGAAGGAUGGAACCUGAGACAAAGACAUUUUCUAACACUUACUUCCCUCAUUAUAUCAUGCCGAAAGUUCUUUCACGCAGGCGCUGCCUCUGAAAUCUGGUCUGAGUUUAGAGAUCUUCUGGAAAAUCCAUGGCAUAAUUCAUCAUAUGAAGGGGCUGGAUUUGUAAGGUUGUUUCUCCCUACAAAUGUGGACAAUCUGGACUUCUUUCAACAGGAUUGGGUCAAGAGUUGUAUUGAUAAAUGGGAUUCAAUACCAAAUUGUCUGUUUUGGGACGCUCAAUGGACAGCUAUUACUUCCAGUGUCAUUAAAAACUGUGCCUUCGUUGACUGGGAUAGUUUCUUACCUGUUCUUUUUACCCGAUACUUGAAUAUGUUUGAGGUUCCUGUCGCAAAUGGAAGUGGGUCUUAUCCAUUCCCAGCAGAUGUACCUAGAAACACAAGAUUUUUAUUUUCUAAUAAAUCUAUCACUCCAGCGAAGUCCAUUGCAAAAUCAAUUGUAUAUCUGUUAAAACCUGGUAGCUCAUCAUGGCAACAAUUUGAGAAAAUGGUCAAUCUUUUAGAACAAUACUAUCACCCUUCUAAUGGCGGUCGCUGGACUCAUUCUUUAGCGCGUUUUUUGUUCCAUUUAGUAACUGUAUUUCAGAAGCGCUUGCAGAAGGAGCAACUGGGUGAAAAUGACAAAAUACAAGCUGAGCUAUGUUUGGGACCAUCAGAGAGAGUAGCAUUUGUGAAUUCAGUGCUUAAAUUGAUAGACCGUGGUCAGUAUAGCAAAAACGGACUUCUUUCUCAAACGGUUGCUGCAACUACUUCUAUUUUGUCUUAUGUUGAACCCUCCAUUGUUCUUCCAUUUUUGGCUUCCCGGUUUCAUAUGGCUCUUGAAACGAUCACAGCCACCCACCAGUUGAAGACUGCUGUUACAUCUGUGGCAUUUGCAGGGCGGUCACUAUUUUUUACAUCAUUGUCAUCGUCUACAGUUGGUGGUGCUGAUGGAUUCACUGAUCUACUGAUGAUUUCGUUGACAAAUGCCUUACUGGGUAUGGAUGCCAAUGACCCUCCUAAAACCUUGGCCACGAUGCAACUGAUUGGUUCCAUAUUUUCAAAUAUGGCAAAACUGGAAGACGGUGCAGAAGAUUGGGCAUUACUUCCUAGCUUUUCUGAAUGGCUUGAUGAGUUCCUGUGUAGAUUGUUUUCCUUACUACGGCACUUGGAACCCAGUAGUGCUGUGAAUGAAGGCCUUAACUCAUCUUCUGCAUAUGGAACAUUCCUUGUUGAUGACAAUCCCCAAUACUUUUGCAUGCUAGAAGUCUUGUUUGGGAGGCUUUCAAAAUCUCUUUACACCCAGGCAAUAAGAAAAAUCUCGAAGUUCGUGAAAACAAAUAUUCUUCCUGGUGCAGUUGCAGAGAUUGGAUUGCUCUGUUGUGCAUGUGUACAUUCAGAUCCUUCUGAGGCAGCUGUUCACCUUAUUGAACCACUUUUGGCAUCUAUUGUAUCCUCUUUUGAAGGCACACCUACUACAGGGUUCGGAGGAAAGUCAAUCCCUGAUGGAUCAUUUUCAUCUAAGGCAAAAGCCACGCUGUCUCCAGCACUUGAAACAUCAGUUGACUAUCAACUAAAAGUGUUGUCAGUCACCAUCAGUUAUGGGGGUUCUUCCCUUCUCCGUUAUAAGCAUCAGUUUGAAGAAGUUAUCAUGUCUGCCUUUGAUUGUCCAUCUUGGAAGGUUAAUGGUGCGGGUGAUCUUGUUCUCCGAUCUCUUCUUGGAAGUCUCAUCCGUUAUUAUCCUAUUGAUCAGUACAGAUGCAUUCUUCAUCACCCAGUAGCCUCUGCAUUGGAGGAGUGGAUAAGCACACAAGAAUAUUCAGAUCAUAAACAGUCGUUGAUCCCCAAGUGGCAUAUCCCUAGUGAUGAAGAAAUUCAAUUUGCAAAUGAGCUGUUAGAUCUGCAUUUAAGAUCAGCUUUAGAUGAUCUUAUCAGAAUAUGUCAGACUAAAAUUCAUUCUGAUUCAGGAAGUGAAAAAGAGCACCUCAAGGUGACACUUUUGCGGUUGAAUUCUUCAUUGCAAGGUGUCUUAUCAUGCUUGCCUGAUUUUAGACCAUCGGCUAACAACAGAUCUAUCGAGGAUUUGGGUAGUUUAUCUUUCUUAAUAGCUGGUGCUAAUGGUGCUAGUGUUGGCACUGUUGAAUUGAGGGAAAAAGCAGCGGGAGUCAUACAUACAGCCUGCAAAUACUUAUUAGAGGAAAAAGCUGAUGAUAGCAUCUUACUCCUAAUUGUUGUUCGCAUUAUGGAUGCUUUGGGUAACUAUGGAAGUGCUGAAUAUGAUGACUGGACACAUUACAGGCAUGCUUGGAAGUUGGAAUCUCCUUCCAUAAUUGAACCGCCAAUAAACUUCAUCAUUUCAUCUCAUUCUAAAGGGAAGAGAAGGCCUCGUUGGGCACUUGUUGACAAAGCAUAUAUGCAUCACACCUGGCGGGCUUCACAAUCAUCUUACCAUCUGUUCCGCACAAGUGCAAAGACAUCUCCGUCAGACCAUUUGAUUCUUUUGGUGGAUGAUCUUCUUAAUCUUUCAGUGCACCAAUAUGAAAUUGUGCGCAUACUUGCAUGCAAGGCCCUUUUGAAAAUGUUGAGAAGAUGGCCUUCCUUGACUUCUAAGUGUGUGCUCACCAUGUCAGCAAAUUUAUCUAAUCUCAAUACGCCAGAGCAUGCUGUUCUAGGUUCUUGUUCUGUUCUUUCUUCACAGACAGUGCACAAGCAUCUUACAACGGAUUUGAAGGCAUUUCAUUCGUUCGCCAUUGGAAUUUUAUCAAGCUCUCAUCAUGAAUCACUCAAAGCUCAGAAGGCUAUUAAUGAGAUUUUUGUCAAAUAUAACAUGAAUUUUGCGGGCAUCUCCAAAGGAAUUCUUGGGGUUUCUGGAAACCAUCUGGAUGGUCCUAGUUUUCCAGAAUUGAUUUCUCAUAUUGCUUCUCUGAGCUUUGAGUCAACCAACUUACAUUGGCGGUAUAACCUUAUGUCCAAUAGGGCUCUACUUUUGCUGGCAAUGGCAUCUAGGAAUGACCCAAAUGUAUCUUCAAGAAUUCUGAGUGAAACUGCUGGUCACUUCUUGAAAAACUUGAAGAGCCAACUUCCCCAGACAAGAAUACUUGCCAUCUCUGCAUUGAAUUUACUGUUAAAAGAAUCACCUUAUAAAGAAACAGCUGAGAAACAACUUACUUUCUCAGUGGAUGUUGAAAAACAAACCAAGUCUUCCCUUGAAGAAGUUUUAAGCAAAAAUUUUCAGGAGGAAGCUUUCUUCAUCGAAACUCUAAACUGUCUCUCUCAUCUUCACAUCAUUAGUGAUGCUGAAAACAGGGGCAAUGGUGCUUCCUUUCAGAGUUACGCAGACAAGUCAAUUACCCACUUCUAUUUUGAAUUUUCGUCUUCAUGGCCAAGGACUCCCAGUUGGACUUCUAUGCUGAGAAGUGAUACUUUCUACUCAAGCUUUGCACGCAUAUUUAAGCGAUUAUUUCAAGAAUGUGGCAUGCCUGUUUUAGUUUCUUUGAAAAAUGCAUUGGAUGAGUUUACAAAUUCAAAGGAGAGGUCUAAGCAGUGUGUUGCUGCUGAAGUGUUUGCUGGAUUAUUGCAUUCUGAUGUUAGUGGUGUACAAGAAGUGUGGGACAGCUGGAUGAUGGUUCAGUUACAGAAUGUUAUUCUUUCUCCUUCUGUGGAAUCAAUACCAGAAUGGACCACAUGUAUACGGUAUUCUGUUACUGGAAAGGGGAAACGUGGAACGAGAAUCCCGCUUCUUCGUGAGAAGAUUCUGGAUUGUUUGGCAACGCCUUUACCUCUAACAGUAAAUACAACUGUAGUCGCAAAACGUAUAGCAUUUCUUUCAGCAGCCCUUAUAGAAGUCUCCCCACCUAGAAUGCCCGUGUCUGAAAUUCAUCUACACUGGAAACUUAUGCAGGAAUUGCUAGACAAUAUGAGGCACUCAUCUGCACAGGUGAGAGAAAAAAUUGGUGUUACUCUAUCCAUUGUGUGCUCAAAUCUUCAACUUCACACAUUCUUCACUGGUGAUGAUGAUGUUGGUUUUAGAAUAGAAGGGAGAAGCUGGGACCAAUACUUGAUAGAACAUGCUUCUGCAGUUGUCCUCAACAUCCAGAGUGCCGGGAACUCUGAUCGAAUGGAUGUGCAAUCAGAUGCGAUUCAUGGAAAUGACAUUUCAAAUGGUGACUCUAAAGAUGAUAUGAAAUGGAUGGAAACGGUAUUCCAUUUUAUUAUCUCAUCUUGUAAGUCAGGAAGGUCUUCAUAUCUACUGGAUGUUAUUGUGGGUCUUCUCUAUCCUGUAAUAUCUUUGCAGGAAACAUCAAAUAAAGACCUGUCAACAUUGGCCAAGACAGCCUUUCAUUUGCUGAAAUGGAGGAUUUUAUGGGUCCCUCAUCUACAAAAAGCAGUGUCUGUGAUCCUUUCUUCAGCCACCGAUUCCAACUGGCGAACUAGAUCCGCCACUCUUACCUUCUUGCGUACAUUUAUGUAUAGGCACAUCUUUGUCCUUUCUGAUGGGGAGAAAAGACAAAUCUGGAGAACAGUGGAGGAUCUCCUCAAAGACAAUCAAGUAGAGGUAAGAGAGCAUGCUGCAGCAGUUCUAGCAGGACUAAUGAAGGGUGGAGAUGAAAAUAUGUCUGAAGACUUCCGAAAUAGAGCUUUUGAAGACGCGAGCAUCAUAUUUAAGAAGAGAAAGCAGCAAAGAAGAUCUUCUAUUCGUGGCCAAGCGGUAGCCUCUACACAUGGUGCUGUUCUUGCCUUGGCAGCUUGUGUAUUAUCUGUUCCCUAUGACAUGCCCAGUUGGUUACCGGAGCAUGUUACCUUGCUAGCUCAAUUUGUUGGAGAACCAUCGCCAGUGAAAUCAGCUGUGACUAAAGCAGUUGCUGAGUUCCGAAGAACACAUGCAGAUACAUGGAAUUUUCAGAAAGAUUCCUUUACGGAAGACCAACUCGAGAUUCUGGCUGAUACAUCAUCCUCUUCGUCCUAUUUCGCUUGAGGAGUUGUUAUACACACACACCUUAUGGGUUAAAAGUGUAGGGAAGUCCAUAAAUAGUUAUAGUUUAUUGAUAGUGUUCAUCAACAAUGUGGAGAUGGUGAUUAAUAUUGGUAUAUACCAAAGCACAUUGCUUCUAGUUCUAGUCACAGUUAUUGUUUCACAUUGCUUCUCAAAAGUUUGUAUAAUUUUUCAAACAAAAUUAUAUAUCAUUGAUAUUU